GACGUUGAUUCUUGGCAAGACUACUUGAGCCGGAUUCAAUUUGCAAGUUGCUAUCUUCAGUCCUGAGACAUCAGAUCCCCUGUUGUUCAACCUUGCCAAGAAGAGAGAUCACCAACUCGUCAGUACUGCCUUGUCCAGAAACUAGCCUCCACGAAAACAGCCUCAUACUCUUUUAAAAUGUCUACCCGAACUGAAAAGACCAAUCCCCACUCUGAGGAGGUUGAACGCUUCUCACAAAAGCUACCACUGAAAUACAAAACCAUCCACCAGGUGCUUCAAGAUCUCGCAAAUAGCUAUCGCCAUCGCCAUCGCCAUCAUAAUCCCAAAGAUUCCGAGUCUGAGCCCUCCCCCGUCCCUAAUGUCGAACCGACUGGCAACCGCAUCAAGAUCCGAAAGUUCAAGUAUUUCACGAAGCUGCCACUCGAAGUCAGACUUAUGAUCUGGGCUGAAUGCGCUCACGUUUCUCGGGUGAUCCAAUUUGAUCAUUACGACCCAAGCGUACGUAGACCCAUAGUUCCAUUCCGCUUCAUCAAUGCAUGCCCAGGCUGCAUUCAAGUCUUCGUCCAGGCUGGAGGCAAGGUUCCAACCAUGCUCCAAGUCAAUCAGGAAUCACGCAGGGAGGGAUUACGUUACUACGAGAAGCCGUUUGGAGGGUUUCUUGGCAGACGCAGUCCAUACUUCAACUUUGCUGUUGACGUUCUCCACCUCUGGAACUCUAUUGCUGGUGAAGUCAUUUUCGGCCAUGGACGUCUACCCAACAGAGAUGUUUCUUACCCAUGUCACUGCGUUACUACCAGUUCGAUACACCAGAAUAAUCUGUCCGAGAAGUUGAGACACCUAUCGAUCACGCAAUGGGAUCUGGAUUGGUCUCAGGGUCCUGGCAAUCCGAAAUUUUCUCUUGGAUUUUUUCCGCAGCUGCAAACCUUCACUUUCGGGACCGACAUGUUCGGUACCAUCAUGAACAUGAUAGAUCUUGGCAAAUUUGAGCUUAUGGAAGAUCUGCUUGGUAGUGACCAUACCAUAUCUGGCAGACUUGAUAUGAAACACAUCUCACGAUGGGCCAUGACGGAUUUCUUCUUUUCUUCACAGUUCCUAAUAUCACGACAGCCAAGAAAUCCAAGACGCUCGCGAAGGAGAAAUCAAUGACCGAAAGGAGCAUUCAGAAUAAUUCGAAUCCCGGAAAAGCAUUUUGACUCUGGACGCUCUUGGCCACGGCCAACAAUUGAUAGAGCAAGUUAAGGACUGCGUACCCUAAAUAUCUGAAGUGCAGGUCCGAUCAAACUGAAGGGGGAGAUGAGAACGGGUUUCACAAACACUUUAUGAAAGAUGUGGCUUGUAGUAUGGAAUAAGGAAUCAAAUAAUGCCAGCCAUUGCUUAGAUAUCUUAAGCACGUACUCACCUGACCGACAUCCGGUAGCGUGCACCAAAAUCAAUACCAAGAUGAGCUGAACUUGCC